AUGGACCCCUCAUCGCCGGCCAAGAGACGCGCCCUCGCGCCCCUCGACGCGAAUGUCAACGCGAUGUCCCCCAAACGCCAGCUGCACCACAAGACGAUAGCACCUGGCUCUCCCAUCAAGAGCCCAAUCAAGUCGCCGUUGGGUCUGAAGAGGCCCCUCGGCGCCGUCAUCUUUGACGAGAACAGCCUCGUCGCGCAGAAGAAGCAGUGCCAGGAGCCCGUCAGUGCGAAGACGCCGCCCGCUCUCAAGGCCGAGCCUGUGUCUGCUCCUACUCCUGCUCCUGCACCUGUCAAGGCACCUUCACCCGCACCAGCAUCAGCACCCGCACCCGCACUUGCAGAACCCGCGCCGGCUCCUGCUGCUGCACCCGCACAGACGAAGAGGGAUCCCGAAGCGGACGCGAAGGAGGGCCAGAGCGAGCAGAUUACACAAGAUGAGGAACGGCCAAAAGUUCAAAAUGACGUAAAACAGCAACAAGAGCAACCGACAUCGCGAAGGUCCGCGUCGCCCGACUCGUCUUCUGUCUUUGAUAAUUCGGCCAUGGACACGACCCAAAACACGACUAUCCUUACCGAGCCCGACCUGGAGCAGCAGACCAGGACGCUGCCGCCGUCGAGGCCGAGGAGGUUGUUGACGCGUGAGGAGGCGCGACAGAAAGCUCGGAUUCUUCGGUUGAAGCUCGGACUCGCAAACUACAAGCUCCAGACCGGCCAGGAGGACGUGCCCCUCGACAGGCUGCAGAUGAAGCCGAUUCCCGGACAAGAGCAGAGGGCGUUGCCCAGGGUCGUGGUCCAGCCACCCUCGAGUCGCGACGGCCCGCCAGAGAAGGAAGCUGAGACGGAGGUCGUUGAGGAACAAGAGGAGGAAGAGACGGUAACAAAGGUCGAGCACGUCGCCAAGGUUGAGAAAGUCGCGUCGCCAACCGCGCCUGAGGAGAAAGAGGCUGACGACGGUCCGAUAACUGUCUGUGGCGGGGCAAGCAGUCUGCUCAGCCUGGCAAGAGCGUCUGUGUCUGCUUCAUCAUGA